ACAAUCUUUGGAGUGGAUAUUUCUCAUUUUGGAAUUGGGCAACCUAGCAUUGAACCAUAUAUUACGAUAUUACGAAAGAAUAUCGAUAUAGUUCUUCCGAAAAGGAUGAUUUUGUUAAGAUGGUGUAAGGUUAAG